CAGCACACCGUGGAAGUAGAGAGAUAGAUAGAUCAGAGAGGAGGCGUGGCAGUGGCAAAGAAAGAGGAGAGCUAGCGAACCAGAGGAAGAGGGGCUGAGGCCUAAGGGAGCGAAACCAACGACCCAGCGACAAGGAUAGCGAAAAGGCAUGGCUGACGAUGGCCCGCCUCCGCUUCAAGGGGAGUCCGAUGCCGAGGAAGAGCUAGAAGAAGACACCGAGAGUGAGGACUCAGAGAAAGGGGGAGACGCAGAAAGCGGUGACGAGGAGGGGGGGACGGAGGAGGAGGAGCCCCCCCCGCCCAUGUGGGUCGACUCCGGAUCCGAAGCGGAAGAGGAAAUACCGCGGCCGCCGAAACAGUCGAAGAAGGCACCGCCCAAGAAUGCCGAUAAGACUAACAGCGGUGGGGAGGGGAAGAGCGGCAAGCCCGCGGCGGCGGCCGCGGCGGCGGCGGCUAGGUCGAGCAAGACGGGGAAGGCCGGCAAGAAGGGGGCCGCCGCAGCCGCUGGGGUUUCCCCGCUCUGGACGGCAUUCGCCAAGUCGAGGGAAGGAGCGGAGCGGCUCGGGUUCACCGCCCUCAAGAAGUGGCAGUCGUUCGCGAAGGACAUGCCCAAGAGCUUUCCGGACUGGUACAGCGAUCAGGUGUUGGGCUGCAGAUCUGUCCCCCAGGCUCUCAUGAUCGAGGAACUCCCGAAUGGCUUCCCAGAAUUUUGCCACUGGGUGGCCGGCGAAAAUCACAGAUCUUGCGGGGUCAACGUGAAGGCCGGCUUCGAGCCUUUCGCGAAGACCCACGUGAAGCAGGUGGAAGACGAGGGGAAACCCGUCGGCCGCUCAUUGCCGCCACCGACGCCGACUGCCGCCACCGCGGGCGUCAGCAUGAGCGGUUCUGGCCGUGGAGGGAUGGCGGCGGGGGCGGCGGCGGCGGGCGGGACCACAUUUCGCGGCGGCACUGCGCCUGCCUCUGAGCCACCUCUGGGCGCCGGGUUGGACCCGAAGGCGCGCAAGAGGGACCGCCGCGCUCGAAAGGGUGGCACCGUCGCCAAUGGGCCCAACAUCGCGCAGAAGCUGCAGACUGUCAUCACCGAGCUCGAAGGAGUGUCAGGUUCCGACGACUACGAUGGGCGGAAGGGCGGCGCGGCGGCGCAGGCGAUGGCGGCCGGGAAUCGAGCGGAGGACGAGGUUCGCGACCUCAUGCGGGGAGAGGACAUCAUCGAUGAGUCAGCGGGUACGACAAGGGUAGAAGUGCUCGGUCCAGCCUUCGCGGACUCGAGCCUGCCCAACGGCACGCUAACGAUGCUGUCGCACCUGAAGAGGGCCAGGGCUUACCGACGCCGCGCUGACAGACAGCAGGAGUGUCUCGAGAACGAGCUGGAGAGGUGCCUCGGCCGUUUGGCGCGGGUGGAAAUGCAGUACCUGGCCCUCGUGGCGGAGACCAGCGGACAGGAGUGCAGCCUCGCCUCCUGUUUAGCUCGCGCUAGGCCCUUGGUCAAGCAGUCGUUCGAGCUCAUGGGCGCCGGUGACACGCGUCUAGCGAUGGACGGUUACGACGACGCCGUCAAGCUGCUGGAGGUGCAUGUAGACAAGGUGCAGCAAGGCCGGCGGGAAGCCGAGACACCCGAGGAUAAGGAGGCGAGAAAGCUUCUCGGCCUCACCCUCUGCAACCGGUCAGUGGCCAGCUUUAAGCUUGGCGACUGCUACAGCGGCAUGCGAGACGCGGAGCGGGCGGCCUCGGAGUGCCCCUGCCCCAUGGCCCAGGAACAACUGAAGCGGAGCAAGGACUACCUUCAGGCGCUCGGAGGCGCCGCUGCCCCCCCCAAUUGGGCAGCAUUCGCGGGGCCCCCAUGACCAGCCCUGCCUCCAGGAUAGAAUGCAGGCCCUCCCCUUGGCAGAGGUGUGUGUAUGUUUAGGGGGGGAGCGGUAGCCAGUGUUUAACGGGCCAUGACUUUGGCCUUUCAUGGAGUGGAGUCGAGAUACACCCGUGUUUGAAGUGUUUUGCCUUUGCCGCCUACGAGGAGGAGGCGUUAGUCUUGUUGGUUGCUUCUGCGUUUCAUCUUUUGUGGACCAAGGGCGAGGACAGAGACGUGCAUACCUGAGUGAGUUGGCCAGGGGGGCGGGGGGGCGGGUGUGGUGUUUCCCUUCAACCAAAAGUGGAGAGUCUUUCCAAGGUGCCGUUUCAUUUAGGGGUAAUGGACGUGGGGCCGGAGCAUUGAAGGCACACAUUUUGCUGCUGAUAGGAGGGGGUACUUUUGAUUGUGUGCAGGUUUGAUCUUUCCCCCCACCAUAGCCCAAUUUAAGUGUGCUCCGUUUAGACCCCGCACGAUCGCAGGACACAGGAAGUAUUCACGGAGAUGGUGAUGCAGGAAGCAAAUUAGGCGAGAAACGGGGGGGGGGGGGAUAUCUUGUUGCGUGGACCCCUCCUGUCUGAGAACGAUUGUUCGUUGGCGUUCCUGUGGGAGGAAGGGCUCCGGUCUUCUCGGCUGCAGCUCGACCUGCAGAGAGUGGUGGGAACGUCGCAAUGAAGGAUGGUUCAAAGGGUCGCCGUUCCAUUUUUGUCGUCGCUUCUGCUGAUGAUGCUUGUUAAGAGUGUUGCUUGUUUCGGUCCAAGUUUUGGCCUCCCGGAGGGGAUCAACCACCGUUUUCGUUGUAACAGUUGUUCUAAAUGGCUCUUCUCAAUCUCUUCUUCUCCUGCGACUACAUCGAUAAAAAUAUCUCACAAGCUGAGUUAUCUACCAUGUUUUCGACGUAAUCUUCAAAGCACUAUCCCCCAAAAUCUACGAAGCAACUACCAUAUCUCCCAAUCUCCAUUCGUUGGCCUCUCAACGUUUUUGAGGGAAAAGAGUGCUCUGCGCUUAUUUUGCGUUUAAACUCGAAGGCAAAGCGCCGCAGGAGGGGUGGGUAUGGGGCCUUAGGGGGGAAAGAACGCUUCCGUGUGGCCACGGAUUGGAGCUCCUACACGGCAGAAGUUCAAAAGUGCAGUAGUGGUCUCGAAAAGAAACGUACAUUUCUUUGAGCGGGGUCCGUCAAUCGUGUCUGUGGGCGGGAACAAGGGGUGAGCGGUGAGCACGGUUUUUGUGUUUUCCACAUUGUGCAGUGGUAUGUCUCUUGAAAGGAGUCUUCGUUGACUUUGGUUGAGUCCUUGUUCAUGGCGGACGUUAGAGAGCAGCUCGCAUCACACCCGACCCGCGAAAGAGAACGUCCAUCCUUCACUUACUUGCCAAGGAAGCCGCUGUGGCAAACCACAGGAUUAGAGCUUGAGUUGAAGCCGGGGCUACCCGGUUAUUUCUGUAGACGGGGCACAGUUAAUUCAAUUCAUUGUCUACGGGCUUGCGUACCCUACUGUUCUUGCUAAUAGUGUGU